AUGAGCCGUCAGCCGCCUGCGCUCUUGUAUCUCACAAUAUACAACCCCGCACUUAGACCAAGCGCCCCGCCUAGUGAUGACGACGAAGAUGCUGAAGAACAGGCGCAGAUCUUGUUCUACACCGCGCGCGAGCACGCGGUUUCACGCGACCGCAUCCUGCGCCAGGUCGGGUUGGCUAAAGCGCUAAUCAACUUCUCUGACAUGUUCGCGGAAGAGGAGUGCGAGGACGUUCACUCUCAGAGCAGGCGCAUGAUCAUGGUAUCCCCCGAACCUGGGUUCUGGAUGCAUGCGUGUCUAGAACUAUCUAAGACCCCGCGCUCGGGGCCAUCAGUCAAAGGCAAGGAGAGGGGCAAAGGCAAGGCCAAGGUCAAGGAUCCGAAACCUGCACCUGAGUCUGCCUUCGACUACCACGACGGCGCUACGAGCGAUGCAGCUCUUCGUGCUCACUUGCUACGUGCACACCAGACAUUUCAGCUUACACACGGAUCUUUCACGUCCGUCCUCCGCGAUCACGGUCAGCAAGCUCUUGAACUUCAACUCGAACGUUUCUUUACGCCAUGGGCGUGGAAUUGGGAUAUCGAACAGGACGUCGAAUUCGGUUCGUACCUCGGGACUCCGACACAUCCGUCAAUCAAGGCCAUCGUGCCUCUACUAGAUGACUUCCUCGAGCAGUCUUUAUUACCGGAGACGGCCGCGCUAUUCCUUCUAGCACCACCGUACAUCAUACCGUCAACAUCCUACACAACAUCUCGUCUACCUCCCGUGCUUCCACUUCAUCUCCGUAAACGCAUACCUCCACCCCCACCUCCACCUCAGGCCGAUCCGCCUGCACCGGACGCUGUAAGCGCAGAGCAGGAGUCGAAAGCGAAGGAGGAGAAUGUUGUUACGUCAGGUGCAGCCGACGUGAUUGUUGAGGGUACGCGGGAAGCGUUCAAUGCAACUGGGAACGCGUUUGUGGCUGUAGGCAAUGCGAUGGACGUGCGGCGCUGGAACUGGGGCUAUCUCACAUUCGGGAAGUCCUCGGCAGCCAAGAUCGGCGACCCAUAUACCGCAAACGUAUCUGCUGAGACAAGUACGAGUGUGGAGGCUGGGAAGGCGCCAUCCGCUCAGGUGGAAGGCACUGCACCUGGCGACGCAAGCGCUGGACCAGAGACCGUGGACGAGGGAGGCCGGACAGGGGCUGAUGAUGCGGAGGCUCUUGUUCUGCCAGAGGCCCAAGUGGACCGCGAGAGCCUCGUCGACGCCAUGGGCUCUUUAGGUUCGGAAGCUCAGGAACACACACCCCCGGACGUAGGAUCGGAGCGUGAUAGAUCACCCAUGUCCAAUGGGCCUGAUCUUCAUGCCGUUGAGAGCUCUCAUGACGAGACUACCUCGUCUUCCUAUCCCGGUCCACCACCUGUGGAUCUGGAGGCUGCCGACACGGGCGCCAGUCCACUAUCGCCAGACACCAGCCCUUCAACCUCCGAGCCCAUAGAGCUUCCGCCCGAGUCUCCCCCGCCAUCACCCCUUCUACGACUGCAUGUGCACAUAGCCGAACCCGACAGGGCGGAGAAUACGUCUUCUCGUCAUUUGCUGUACCGUACUUACGAAGGCCUCGCACUGGGCUUGCUGGCGGAUCCAGAGUCACUUAUACCUGAGGAAGAGAUGACGCGCUUGUCAGCACUUUCAUCGAAUCUCAUACGGCAAGCGAAGAAAGCUCUUGACGAGGACAACGGGGCAAGCCCACAGACGCCCUUAUAUUCGGCGACGAAGAUACUGCAACCCAAAGACAAGUUCGCCUUCACGAAGGGGCAGGGACGCGUCCUCGCAAGUACGGAGUUCGUCUCGCGGUCAGAGCACCUGUUCGCCGCACAGGAGCUUGUAAGCAACGCGGACAUCCUGGAAGUCUUCUCGCGUACUCAAGGCCCACAACAUUGGCAUGCGGCGCGGCGCGAGCUGGAUGCAGCGGUUUUCAUGGAGGUGUCCCGGAAAGAGACAAGUCUGACGGAUGUUGAGGACGAGCUUCUGGGAGUACUCAGGCGCUGUCGCGACGCUGCGUAA